AGCUUCGCUGUGCCAUCGCACUACUCCCUGCGCCGCGCGCUGCAACCGGGACACCAAGAACACACGAAUCGAUCUUUUUAACCGACUCUUUGAUUCAGUAGAAUCGACUCUCCAGCGUGAAGAAUGGAAUUCACUUUUUACCAUGGAGGCUGUUCUGAACAACCUGGAAAGCACCGUGGAGCUGUUGGCUGUUACUCAGACUGAAACGGUGACUGAGUGGGACGGUGAGACAGUGGACAGGGCAUUUCAGUGGGCACAAUACUGUGAACAUCUUCACACACGUUUCCACACAAACCCCUCAGUCCGUGGCGCUUUAGAGAGCCGUCUACACGUGACUAACCAGCUGCUCGCGCACACUUUCACCGGUUACCGGUGUGUGACUCUGUCCGAUCUCGCGCAGUGUAGCCACAGGCUGCUUAUUGGUCUGUUGAAAAACCCUGCGACUCCUCACCCUGUUAUCAAAUCACUUUUGGACAAGUUUGGACUGGCUGAAGAUGCUGUAGGUGAUCAGCGUGCAGAUACACGUGGCCUCAACACGUGCAAGUCAGCUUGUAAACUCCUGGGCGACUUUACACUGAACCGGAAGAGUGAUUUUGGCCUCUCUGCUGGUACCCACGUUCAUGGUAUGAUGCUCCUACAGCGCAUUCAGGUCAUACUGAGCCACCCAUGCAACCUGGAAUAUGCUAAUAAAUUACUGGAUUGUUUGCUGGAGGACAGUAGAGAAGGACAGGACGGCUUUUUGACACUUAUAGCAGCUGCCCUCCUGUCAACAGACACCACAAGUACAGCCCAAGACUUUCUUCUUGACUGGUUAGAAGGACACGAUGUCUUGCGGCACAGGAUGUGUCAGUCUUUACCUCCUGAAUUGUGCACCAGACUUUCUCAACAAUGGCCAAAAUUUAGGCUUGCUUAUUGGGACAGUUUAAAAAAGUCGGCCUCCUUCUUGGAGUAUGACGUGACCAAUGGAUUAUGGAGACAACCUUGUGACACUGAAGCAUCAUUUCUGACACUCAUGAACAGGGUUAAAUCCUUAUGGAGCUCUGGUUCACCUUUAAAAGAUGAAACUGAAGAACAGUUGCUUGCCCUUAAACAGGCUGAUGGGGACUUUGAGGUCAAGGGACUGAGUGUGUGGACGGACCUGCUUGUACAGCUCAAUUAAAAGCUGUCUUUUUCUCUCUUGCUGCAUGCAAAAAUGUAGUCAGUGUUGUGGAUAGAUAGCAGACAGGGGGAGACAGUGCUCUUUAACAGAUCUACACAGCUGCAGUAUUACAAAUUAGCUGCAACAACAGCACAUACUGUAAUCUCCACUGCGUAUUAAAAUGUAAUAAAAGAUCAA